AAGAAAAUAAUAAAUGGCUUUCACUGUGUAGGUCGUCUGGCAGCAGAAGCUUCACAAUACGAAUUCCUUUGUAGAUUUUUGCUGGCGUCAAAAUUGAUCUGAUUUGAUUGUUUGUUCCGACACGAAUCGUCACCGCUGCAACGGGAUUCGGUUUGUUCACCAAGUGGUAACACUCAAUGCGCCGAAACGAACGCAUCAGUGCUUCAGAAUUUAACCUUCUUUUAUGCGCAUCAGAAGUUCUGCUUGUGUCUGACACAAGUGAUGCCAUUUGUGUCUGCUGGUGCGCGAAGGUAGGAAGUUGCGUGCAUCAAAAACACGACACGGAUGCUGUGUCGAGGCAUCUAGCGUAAUGCAAUGCAAUUUGCUGGCGACGGUUGUGAAUAGUUUAGAGCGAAAUCCCUAUCAAAAAGGCUGCUAGUGUGCACGGAGAAUGAAAUAGUAUACACACACACGAUUUGCGCGUACCACAAACACAACAAGUGCACGAGUUGCACGGCAAUUGUAUUCGGAAGGCAACAUAGUGAAUAAUUCCGCUGUGAUCCAACACACUAUCCGGUGAAAAUGCGUGGCUUAAUGCAUUUUUUAUUUUACUUUUCAUUGCUUAUCGUAAUAAAAGGAUCGCUAAGUCGAGCGCGAUUAGCGGAGGGAGGCUUAAAAUGUGUUUCCUACCAGUGUAAAGAGGGCGAAUGUAAGGAAGGCAUCGACACUUGUGAAGAUACUGAACCCGACAGACCGGUCGGAUGUUUUGUGGUCUGGACAACGAACAAUAUAACAAAUGAAGUAAACGUAACGCUGAAAGGAUGCUUCAUCAACCCUACGGAGUGCAAUAACACCGAGUGCAUCGAUACAACGACUGAUCCGAAGAAAAAUUUCAACUACUGCUGUUGCCGGGGUAGCCUGUGCAAUAAGGACCACAAAUGGAUACCGGAAGCAACGAAAGCACCGGAAGUGUUACAGUCAGUCGAGAAGGAAUCAAACCUUAUGCUGGUAGUACUCAUUACAUCCAUAUCCUUUGCGGCGGCAUGCAGUUUAAUGACUUGGCUGUACUGUACCCAUCACAAACAGGUGAUGUUUAAUGAAAUUCCAACGGUUGAGCCAGACAUUUCCAACUCGUCCACCAACAUAUCGCACCGUCCAAUCGAUUUGAAGGAUAUUAAAGCCCGCGGUCGUUUUGGUGUGGUGUGGAGAGCGCAGCUCGGCAAUCAGGAGGUGGCUGUGAAAAUUUUUCCAAUGCAAGAAAAACAGUCGUGGAUUACGGAGCAGGAAAUUUUCAAGCUGCCACGGAUGAACCAUUCGAAUAUUCUCGAGUUCAUCGGUUGUGAGAAACGCGUCGAUAUGGCCAGCACAGACUUUUGGCUCAUCACUGCCUACUGCGAGAAUGGUUCGCUAUGUGACUUUUUGAAAGCGCACACGGUCACCUGGAACGAUCUGUGCAAAAUAGCGACGACGAUGGCGCGUGGCUUAACGCACCUGCACGAGGAAAUACAGGGCAGCAGAACGGAUGGUUUGAAACCAUCGAUCGCACACAGAGACUUCAAGAGCAAGAACGUCCUGCUGAAAGCGGAUCUGACCGCAUGCAUUGCCGAUUUUGGACUAGCGCUUGUGUUUACGCCAGGAAAAUCAUGCGGCGACACGCACGGACAGGUGGGAACGCGACGCUACAUGGCACCGGAGGUGCUCGAAGGUGCAAUCAACUUUACCCGCGACGCCUUCCUGCGCAUCGACGUGUAUGCGUGUGGGCUCGUGCUGUGGGAACUGGUAUCGCGCUGCACCGUCCACGGUGGCCCGGUCGAUGAGUACCGGUUGCCGUUCGAGGCCGAGUUGGGUCCGCAUCCAACGCUCGAGGAAAUGCAGGAAAACGUGGUGAUGAAGAAGCUACGUCCCCGUAUCUUCGAUCCGUGGCGUAAUCAUGCGGGACUGAUUGCGAUCUGCGAAACGAUGGAAGACUGCUGGGAUCAUGAUGCUGAGGCACGGUUAUCGUCUUCCUGCGUGCUGGAAAGAUUGCUACAGUACGCCCGGUUUCCUACGCGGCAGUUUUUUGUCGCCAACAACACCACAAACGAGUUACCAACGAAACUCGCAACGGAAAACCUUUAACGUGGGGGAAACACUCGCAGUUGAAUGAUGCACGUCAUUCAAAGCAAUCGCAUGCGCUAAGCUGUAUUACGUUCAACUCUUCAGCUAGUAUAUAUAUAUUUAUAUAUAUUUUUUGUGGUGACGCUGAACGAUUUGCGUACACUAAGUGAAGAAGAUUUCUGAUACUAGACGGGAUUUUAAAUGAGACAUGUAUUUGGCGCAUAUAUUGUCAACAACAAGGAGAAAUAAUAUUGAUAUGUGCAUCAUAGGGUACCAUAUCAAGUACAUCUAAUAUAUACAUUUAAAUGCAAACUAUAUAUGCAAAAUGCUGCUGAGAUAGUUGACUCGCUAAAUUAAAUUAAAUUAAUUGAAAGCUGUAACUAUUUCUUUUUUUUACGAAUAUAAAAAAAAAAUCAUAAAUCUUUUUAGCUGUUCUAAAACGCUCCAUUCGUUUUACCCCCACCCCCGUUUUAUGACUAAUGUUGUACAACAAUUUUUAUACGAUUUUCCAUACUAAAAUCUUUGCGGGCUAAGUUAGCUUAUUAUUUUUUUUUACACUAGUUGUAUUCAUAAUUGCACACUUCCCCUUUAUUCAUUUUCAUGUAUUACGCGAUCCAACACAAAGUCAAGAUUUGUUGCUGUGCCUUAUUUUUAAAAAAAAACACACACAACCACAAAACCAUCAAACUUUCAUUUUUAAAAUCACGUUGCAAAUCACACAGCAAAUCUAAAUGCCUAGUGGUGUCCGUGUACGUCCAAAGUGUUUUAGUAAACAACCACAGAUUUUAACAGGAUAAAGAUUGUAUUUAUGAUGUUAGUGCUUAACGACCAGAUCCUCGAGCUAUCCACCGAAAAAAAAAGAAAACGAAAAAACAAGGAUUCGCUGCGUAAAGUGCAAAAACUAUUAUUAUAUUUUAAUUUCCAAACAAAACGUAUCAAUAAAAGCGAGUGAAUUGCCCAAAUGAGUUAAUGACAUUUGCAAGAUAGGAUGAUGUAAGCAAAUACCUUAAAAUGUGUGAAAUGAACGUCCAAAUCAAGGAGUUGCUGUACCGACUAGGGUGAAAUUUCGUGCUUUUCAGUGUAACGGAAAUUCGUUACAUUAGUGCUUGCACUAACAUCGCCAGCACGUACACGGUACGAACGAGUUGCAAUUUGAAGUGAAAAAAGCAUAAUCGUGCAGCAAUAAUAGCGCUUGUCACAUUAACGGGCGCGGAUGGUGCAACAAACGCUAGCAUUAUGGAUUUUCUUUUUUUACUUUUUAACCUUUUACGUUGCUGUUUGCAAACAUUAGUCUCUUGCGUACGUAUAUUAUAACUUUUAUCUUUUUUUUUAUUACUACUAACAGGAAGAACGAUCGUGAGCGGCUAGGAUUAGGUUGUAAGGAUAAGUGAAUGAUAAACAAAAAAAAAACAAAAGCAGCGAAACCAGAACAAUGUAAAUUGCACGAUUGUAUAAAUAUAGAAUCUUAUACAGUAAAACAGCAA